GAAAACACAGAAAAGCAGCACAUACAUACUGUACACGCCCAUGCUCCUAUAAAACCCUGAAGUACAGUGUGUUUUCUCAGAAGGAUCAGGACGUUUCAGUGACAGCAUCACAGAGCCAACAGGAGCUGGUGUUUGACAGAGGCAUCGUAUCAGCAGAGCAAAGGGAACUGACGAAGGAUGAGUGCAUCUAGGUGGUCAAUCACACCUUUGCUGUUUUACCUGUUCAGCUCAGCUACCUCAUCCCCGGUUUCCAUUUCCACAUUUGCCCCACCUCUUCCAUCACAAAUUUCACCUCCCUCUCCUCUCCCAACACUCCACCCAUCUCUGCCGUCUCCUUCUCUCAGUGUGUCUCCUCCCGUUCCUCUGCUCACCAUCAAUCAGGCAGAUGGGACAGAACAAGCCCAGUGCCCUCUGACGAUGUCUCCAUCCACUCUGGUGGUCAGGUAUGGUGAUCCAGUCAAGGCUAACUGCUCUUUGCAAAGAUCGGGUUUUCCUGUACUUGGCUGGGUAGUCUCCAUGGGGGCUCCUAACCCAACUGAUGGUCACUUUCUGGUGUGGAGUGUGGACAGGAUGACUGAAUGGAGCCUCACACCCAUGUGUUGGGCUCUCUCUGAACAGGGAGGGCAGUGUGUCGUCAAGCUCCCUCUGUUAGUCUUUAAGCCUCCAGAUAACGUGUCCAUCAGCCUCCUCAACCACACCGGCCCGAUGUUAGAGGGUCAUGAGUACGUUCUGCAGUGUGAAGUUCAGGAUGUUGCUCCUGUUGAAAACCUCAGGGUGACCUUCUACAGAGGACAGACAGUGCUGGUUCAAACAUGGUCCGGCAACAACGAGACGAAGCAACCAGUGACUCAGAUCGUAACUUGGGAUAUAACUCCCAGUGAAGAGGAAGACGGAGCUGAGUACUGGUGUGAAGCCACACUAGACCUGGGACCUGAGGGGCCUCCACAUCCUCCGGUGGUGAGGUCGCAAAAACUCCCCACCAUGGUCCUCUUUGGUCCACAGAUCGAUUGUCCUCCAAAACUCCAGGUGAAGGAGGGAGAGAGCGUCGGCUGUGAGGUGAGAGGAAACCCUCCUCCGUCAGUCACCUGGUUCAGAGAUGGACACGCGGUGGCCCUGCCCACGCACUCAAACAUGAAGCAUGCUGGGUAUUACACCGUCUCUGCAAAAGGACUAGGAGAGAAAAACUUAACAGUGGAGUUGGAGGUGCUCCCUGGCAACGGAGCUGCUAACAGCUGUAACAGAUACUUCCUCACCGCCGUCUUGCUCAUUCAGACCAUCCUCUUGCUGUAACGCCUCCUGAAAGAACCCGAUGUGAUGCUGUGAUGAUUAUUGCUCCUGCAGUGAGAGAUGUUAGCCUCUCUCCUCUUGAUCAAAUGAAUCUGUUUGAGUCUUUUAAUUCCUCCUCUGCGUGUGUGUCUUAAUUUCCUUCACUCUAAAACAAAGGCGUCUCAUAGUAGCAAAUCUUCCUGAGAGCUUCUGCUGAGUGACAUUUUCUCAUGAACUGUCCACCAAAUCCUCACACAUGCUGCUGUAGAAACUACUUCUGAAUCAAGUCUUGUAAAUAUGAAGAAAUUUAAAGAUAUAUUUCUGUACAUGUGUUGUUCCCUUUCCUUUUCCUGUUGUUUUUAAGAGGAUGUUUAUGGACUGUUGAACCCUCCGCUAAACAAUGUGCAUGUCGCCACAUUUCUGUAGUAUAAAGACAGUUUGAAUGUUCUCGUUGACAUGCAAAGAAACAGGUCCUUUCUCACUAGGGUUACGUUGUGUGUGCUGUACAUUGAAUGCUGAGCGAUCUCAUAUCUGGAGCAGUAAUAUCUGAACUGCCUUGCUCGUGCAAAAACAAAAUAAAGUCAAAGUUAACAUCA